UUAAUGCACCCUCAUCCAGUGUCCUCCUCUUCACUUUUGUUCUCAGGUUACCCCGUGCAGCUCAUCUCCCUCGAGACCAGACAAGACACCUGUCACACUUUGCUGUUCCCUUCGCCGUUUGCCACAGCAAGAGCUCUCACCGGCUCCUCUCUGCCUCUACAUAGCAUGGAAGCCGGACGCUUUCUGCUUGGAUUAUGUGCCUUUUUCUACUUUUACAGAUCUGUCUCGGCAGAGUCCACGUGCAAGCUGAAGGCCAAGUUCAACCUGAGCGGCUACAAGAAUGUGGAGAAGAAGAAGGUCGUUAUCGGGGGCAUGUUUCCUGUACACAAGCGUAUUGCUUCCAGUGAUGGCAACACUUCGAGGGUGCCGGUCUCCGCGGGGUGUGAGGGGUUUAACUUCCGCACCUUCCGCUGGACCCAGACCAUGCUGUUUGCAAUCAAUGAAAUCAAUGAGAGGCAAGACCUGCUGCCCAACACCGACCUGGGCUAUGUCAUCUACGACUCCUGCUUCACCAUCUCCAAGGCCGUGGAGGGCACCCUCACCUACCUGACGGGCCAGGAUGAGGCCGUACCCAACUACCGCUGUGGCAGCGGGGCCCCUCUGGCUGCUCUGGUGGGCGCCGGGGGCUCCGACCUGUCCAUUGCCACGGCGAGGAUACUUGGGCUUUAUCACUUCCCACAGGUCAGCUAUUCGUCCACCUGCUCCGCCUUGGAGAGUAAGUUCCAGUUCCCCACCUUCCUCAGGACCAUUCCCAAUGACAAGCACCAGUCCACAGCUAUAGCCAAGCUGGUGCUCCACUUCGGCUGGACGUGGGUGGGCACCAUAGCUGCCGACGAUGAUUACGGCAAGUAUGGCAUCAAAGACUUCAAGGAGCAGGUGGAGGAAGCUGGUGUGUGCAUCUCCUUCUCUGAGACGCUGCCAAAGGUGAGUUCCCCAGAGGACAUCCAGCGUAUUGUUCAGACUGUAGUCGAGGCCACGGCCAAGAUCAUCGUGGUCUUCUCAUCAGACGUGGACCUCAGUCCUCUGAUCGGCGAGCUGCUCCGGCACAAUGUGACCAACCGCACCUGGAUCGCCAGCGAGGCCUGGGUCACCUCCGCUCUCAUCAACGAGCCUGGGGUGAACUCAGUGCUGGGUGGUACCCUAGGCUUUGGGGUUAAAAGAGCUGACAUCCCGGGUCUUCAGCGUCAUCUACUGGACAUCGACCCCUAUGACCCGCUCGCUGAGGAAUUCUGGGAGACGGUGUUUAACUGCACGUUGAACUACGACACAGCGAUGCGGCAGGCCAAACAGAGGGCCAAGGAGGUUAACAGCACGCUGUCCAGGGCGGUGAGGGCGGGUCCUGCUGGGUUGUGUACCGGCAGUGAGUCUCUGGCACAGCUUGGUAACACCUUCUCUGAUGUUUCCCAGUUACGAAUCACUUACAGUGUGUACAAAGCCGUGUACGCUGUGGCGAACGCCUUGCACGAACUGGAGCACUGUGUAAAGGGACAGGGGCCGUUCAUCAACAUCGACUGUGCUGACAUCACAGACUUUAAGCCAUGGCAGCUGAUGUACUACCUGAAGAACGUGCGCUUCAAAGUGCCGCACACUGACGAAGAGGUCUACUUUGAUGACGGGGACGUAGAAGGCAUCUAUGACCUCAUUAACUGGCAGUUCGACGGUAAUGGGGAGAUAUCCUACGUCACCGUGGGACACUACAACGGCUCAGCAGCUCCAGAGGACAGGAUGACCAUAACGAAUGACUCCAUUGUGUGGAACAAUGACAUGUCGGAGCCUCCUCGGUCAGUGUGCAGUGAGAACUGUCAGCCAGGCACCAGGAAGGGGAUCCGACAGGGAGAGCCAGUCUGCUGCUUCGACUGUAUCCCGUGUGCUGAUGGAGAGAUCAGCAACUCAACUAACGCUCGGGCGUGCAUCCUGUGCACUUACGAAGAGUGGUCCAAUGAUGCUCAUGAUAUCUGCGUACCAAAAAUCAUCGAGUACCUGGCCUUCGGAGAGCCGCUGGGGAUCACUCUCAUCGUCAUCUCGGCCUUCGGAGCUCUGGUCACCAUCGGUGUCGGGGUGGUGUUUGUUGUGAACAUCGGCACCCCUCUGGUGAAAGCCAAUGAUCCUCUGUUGAGCUUCUCGCUGCUCUUCUCACUUGUGGUGACCUUCCUCUGCUCCAUCGUCUUCCUCGGAAAGCCUCAGCACUGGAGCUGCAUGACCAGCCAAGUAGGUCUGGCUCUGGGCUUUGCUCUCUGCCUUUCCUCUCUCAUGGGUAAGGCAGCUCUGUUGAUGCUGAGAGCUCGGACUCUGAAAGCGGCCCGCGUCAAAGCCAAAGCAGCUGCCAAAGCAGCAAAAGCAGCAGCAAAAGCUGCAGCAGAAGCAGCGGCCAACAGCGGCAGUCCUGAUGUUAUUGUGACCAACACAUUUAACAACAAUGAGGCCAGUACCAGUGUGGACCCUGAAGUUGACAGAAUCUCCUGUGCCCACCAGAGGGCAAUAACUGCUGUGGGAACAUUAAUACAGGCUAUAGCGUGCACAGUGUGGCUCAUCAUCCUCCCUCCACACCCCAUCGAGAACACCUCCGCCCAGAAUAUAAAGAUCAUUCUCGAGUGUGAUGAAGGCUCAGUGAUCUUCAUCUGUUGCAUCUUUGCCUAUGACAUCCUGCUGGCUCUGAUAGCCUUCGUCUUCGCCUUCAUAGCCCGAAAACUGGAGGACCACUUCAGCGAGGCGAAGUGUGUGACCUUCGGCAUGUUCGUCUUCUUCAUUGUGUGGAUCUCCUUUGUCCCAGCGUACCUCAGCACACGUGGCAAGUUCAUGGUCGCCGUCCAGAUUUUCGCCAUUUUAGCUUCCAGCUUCGGUCUGCUGACCUGCAUCUUCCUGCCCAAGUGUUACGUACUCCUGGUCAAACCUGAACGCAACACAGAGGAUAUGAUGAGGCCCCGCGCCAAACCACGCGACGGGACCGGGACCGGGACCUCGGCCUCGCUCGCCACAGCUGGUACUGAGGUCACUGCUACGAUCGCAUCCACUGCGAUUGAUGAUUAGUGGAGCAGCACUGAGAACUAAACUGAAAUCGUAAAAUAAUGCAGAUGGCGGAUGUGCCACUGCUUCAUUGGGCAACUGGUCCAGCUGAUUAGGGUUGUUAUUCACAUAUAUUUUACAAUCAUCAUGUUUUGGUCUAUAAUUAAUAGACAAAAUAUAUUAUUUUCAAAAUAUUUAUUUUUACAUUGUUACACUGCUUGAGAUAGAGUUGAUUUUAAUAAGCAAUAUCGAUGAGGAAAGAACUUCAACGAUUACCUAAUAUCUCAAACAUGCAUUUUCAAAAACAUUGCUAUUUCAGAAAAUAAGUCCUAAUACAUGUCAAACACAGGACAUUUUUAACACAAUAUAAUUUACUAUAAUGCCACUGUGAGUCCUGCUAAAACAUAUCUUAACAAGUUCAGACUCUUACUGUCAAAUUGCUGUUGUUUCUGUUGUGGUAGCGUAAUUGAAAUAAAGGCAACGUUUUACCUCAGACAUACUGUACUUCUAGAUACAAAUAAACACAUUUUGACAUUUUAUAAACAUACAGGCAUUUAAGCUUAUGUUGUUCCUAAAUCAAAAUAUUUGCAUACAAUGUUUACUCUGUAAACUUUACUUUCAAUUACAAUAAUAACCUGUCAAUGUGAUACAAGCUAGUGUAACUCUGAUAGCAUUAUACAUUUCCAAAUAAUAUAAUAAAUGUCAUUUUCAGUCACUAUAAUACGUGUUUUUCUUG